UGCCGCUGCCGCUGCCGCUGCCGUUUUCCGUGGGGCGGCCUGCCUGACUGCCUAGAACACACCUCCGGCUGCCAUCUCGGACAAGGAAAACAUGCUGAGCAACCUCCUGUCGAGCGUGCUCAACCGCUUCCUCGGCCAGUUUCUGGAGAAUGUCCAGCCCUCGCAGAUCAACCUCGGCCUGCUGAGGGGCAACCUGUGCCUUGAGAACAUUUGCCUCAAGUCCGAUGCCCUGGCGGCGCUGGACAUCCCGAUCACCAUCACCUCCGGCUUUGUCGGUCGCCUGCAGAUCCGCAUUCCCUGGACUGAUCUGGCCAACGGCACCAUCGAUGUGCAUGUCAAUGACGUGUUUGUGGUGGUGCACCCCGAGCUCUGGAGCGAUUUCGAUGGCGAGCUCCAGGCCCAGCGCGACCAGGCCAACAAGAAGCGCCAGGUUGCCGCCUUCGAGGAGGCCAAGAAGAAGGCCCUUGACUCGCUGUCGGCCGCGCCGCCCGGCCAGGGUGCCGGCUUUGUGGCCAAGCUCCUGGCCCGAGUGGUAUCCUCCCUGCGAGUCACCCUGACCAAUGUGUCCAUCCGUGUGGAGGACUCGGUCAGCGCCCCGGAUGUCUUUGCUCCCACUGUCGUCCUGGAGAGCUUGACCAUCGAGUCGACCGAUGGCGCCUGGACCGUGGGCGGAUCGGCCCCCGUGCCGGCCGGCAUGUCCUUCAAGAGCCUGGCUCUGCGCAACUUGGCCGUCAUUUGGGAGGAGCAAGUGGCCCGGCCCUGGUCCAAGGCGGUUCCCUCGCGCCCGGGCCCGGCGGAUCUGCAGCUCUUCCGUCAGACCAUCCCCCGGCGGCCGGCGCGACUGUUGGCCGCAUCGGCCGCCGAGCAGGUGGCCGAGCAGGCCGGCCUGCGCCUCGGCCGCGCUUACCUCCGCAAUGAUGCCAGCUACCUGCUGUACCCGAUCGACUUCACGGCCACCCUGCGCCUGGACCUGGCCACCCUCCCGGCCAAGGACUCGCCCAAGGUGACGGUUGAUGCGACCCUCGGCCCGGUGUGUGUGGCCGUCAACCAGGCCCAGGUGUCCCAGGCUCUGGGGCUGGCGUCGAGCUUCCUGCAGGCUGACCGUGGCCGGCGCUACCGGCGCUUCCGGCCGUCAUACGGCCUGCCGAUCCGGACCAACCCCCGCGCCUACUGGAAGUAUGCCAUUUCCGCCGUCCUGAAUGACAUCCAUGAGAAGGGCCGUCGCUCGACGUGGGCCUUUAUCCGGGCCCGGCGCGACCUGCGUGUGGCCUACAUCGAGGCGUACCUCCAGCUGCAGAAGUCUUCCAUCCUGUCGCGCAAGUCGGCCACCGCCCGGGUGGACGCUCUGGAGUCGCAGCUGGACGCCGUGGACAUUUGCUUCUACCGGUCGCUGGCCGAGCGGCAGCUGGCCCGCGAGCGCCUGUCGGCCAAUGUGGCCACCAGCUCCGUGUCCUGGGGCGAGUGGCUGAUGGGGUCCAAGAAGGAUGCCACCCUGCCACAGGAGCAGCUCCGUGUUUUGGAGCAGGCCAUCGACUACGACCCGAAGCUCGAAAGCAAGGUGUUCUUCGAGCCGGACUACGUCAUGGUCCAGGCCCGGGCCCGGCUCAGUUCCAUCGGCUUCCGGCUGCAGGAGUCCAUCCGGCUGCCGGUGCUGCCGGCGGCCGCAGCCGCGGCCGCCAGUGCCGGCACCGGCGGCGCGGCUCCCACUCGUGUGGCUGACCCGCUGCUGCAUCUGAGCGUCGGCGACCUGGCGGCCGAUGUGGCCCUGCGCCCGGGUGGCGCGUCGCUCGAUGCCUCGGUGUCGGUGGGCGCGCUGGAGGUGCUGGACUUUGUGUCGGCCUCGUCGGUCCAUCAGCCGGAGCCGGAGGCGCUGGUCGGCCCCGGCGACGGGCAGGCCAUCACUCCCUCCGGCGAGGGGGCCUUCGCCUGUCGCCCGGGCCAGGGGUUCUUCCUCUUUGACCCGGUUCCCCACCGGCUGAUUGAUCGGAUUUCGCUGUCGGACACGUCGGCCGAGGGGCCGCUCCUGACGGCCGACGUGUGUCUGGCCCCGGUGGAUGACUCGUGCGAUGUGCGCCUCAAGGCCCGGCUGGAGGGUCUCCUGGCCACGGUCCGCGGCACGGAGCUCAUUGCCCGGCUGCUGCGGGUCUUCCUGCCGGUGUUGGACCUGGCCACCGGGGAUCCGGAGCUCCGGGCCCUGGAGCGCCGGGUCACCCGGCGCCUGGUCCGCCUGCGCGAUACCACCCGGUCCAGCCUGGAGCGGCAUCUGGCCGAGCGCCAGCGUGUGGACUUGGCCGUGUCGCUGCGCGCGCCGAUGCUCCUGCUCCCGUCGCCCCCGAGCGCCGCCGGGCCUGCAUCCUGCCUGCUGGUGGACCUGGGCACCGUGUCGGUCCGGAGCCGACUGGUGCCGGCGGCCGCCGCGGCCGCUGCCGCCACCGGGGGUGCUCCCUCCGGGGUUGAUCUCCUGGCGCUGUCCUUCCAGAUGUAUGAUCGCUUCGAUCUGGCCCUCGAUGGGCUGGAGAUUCUGGUUGGCGAGGACUUCGAGUCGCUGGUAGGCCGGCUGGCCUCGUCGCCGGCCUCGCCGCAGACCCCGGCGGCGACGGCGGCGGCGGCGCUGGUCCCCGCGCCGGCCGGCGCCCGGCCGCUCGGUGCCCAAGCCGUCUCGGAGGCCGCCUGGUCCCAGACCCCCUGCCACCUGCUGUCGCCCUUCUCCUUCAGCAUUGUCCUGGCCAAGUGUAUUGCUCCGAAUUUGCGGGACUUCUCCAACAUGAAGCUUUCUGGCAGUGCCCUGGGCGAGCCGGUGCUCCCGCUCCUGGCCGCCUCCCUGUCAGAGGUGGAUGUCGGCCUGAAGAUGGGCUUCGACAGCAUGGCCGUUCAUGCGAAGAUGCGCAGCCUGGCCUGCUUCCACUUUGUGGCCGGCGGGACUGGCGUCGAUGCGGCGGCCCCUGCCCCGGGACAUGUGCGUCUUGGGCAGCCGAUCAUCUUCUUCACCACGGCCGCCGAGGAGAAUGCCAUCUUCUCGGCGAUCUUCAUCCGCGAGUCGGUCUUGGCAUCGGUGAUCAUCCCCCAGGGGGAGACGCCGAUGUCGCUGGAUGCCGACAGCGGUGCCGGGCCGGAGUCCUUCGACUCGCGCCUGCACAUCCUGCUCGGGUCGCUCUUCAUCAAGAUCGACCCGCUGGAUCUGCUGGUGCUGGCUGACCGCUGUCUCGGGUUCCUGUCGCUGCUGAAGCUGCUCCCGGAGGCCCCGGUCCCGGGGCCGGCGUCUGAUGAGGGUGCCGCCCUGCCCGCGGGCUCGCCACCGGUCAGCGCGGCAGCCCCGACCACCGCCAAGGGGGCCCCUGCGCCAGGCCAGGCCGCGACCCUGGCUCCGGCUCCGGCUGCGGCUCCGGCUGCGGCUGCGGCCGGCGGCGCCCCCACCUUCCGCCUGGGCGCCCAGUUUGAUGGGAUCUUCAUCAAUGUUGCCGGGCACCAGGGCCAAACCCUGCUGGAGUGUGGGCUUACCCGCACGGUGGCCAGCCUGGCCAUGGAGCCGGACAACUCCAUGCACCUGACCCUGUCCCUGGGUGGUCUGAGCGCGCGCGAGGCGGAGCGCGAGCUCCUGGCCACCUCGGCGCUCUAUUCGCUGGAGCUGUCCUUCGAUCAGACCCCGAACCCCAUCAACCCGGAGGACCUCCAGCGUCAGGUCCUGCUGCGGCUCAAUGCCCUGCAUGUGACCCUCUUCCCGGAGUUUGCCCACCGGGCGGUGUCCUUCCUGGUGGUGUUGCUGCCGCGUGUGGAGGGCCUGGUGGCCCAAUUGCAGGCGGCCCUGCCGGGCGGCGACCAGGGGGAUGGCGUGUCCGCGUCGUCCGGGGCCGCGGCCCCGAAGGACGAGGGUACCCCCUUGUCGGCGGCCAAUGCCGCGGCCAAUGACUUCCUGGCCACGCCCUUCCUCUUCGAUGUGCGGCUGAUCGCGCCGCGCAUCAACCUCCUGUCUUCGGUCGGCGGCAUCCUCGGGGACUCGAGCCAGGUGGCGCGCGAUCUGACCGACGAGUCGGUGUGCAUCAGCCUCGGGGAAAUCCGCGCCAGCAACCAGGUGAACAAGGCCCUGGCCUCGAGCCGGGAGAUUGCCCCUGGGUCUGCCACCCCGGCGGCCACGGAGGUCAUUCGUGCCUCGUUGACUGGCGUCGGCAUUGAGACGCACUGCCGGCGGCGCGAGCUGGCGGCCGUGGUCCGCGCCACCGCCGACGGCGAGGCCCCUGUGCCGGCCAUGCCGUCCAGCAUGUUGACUGGCUUUGACAUCGACACAAGCAUUUCGCGCCAGCUGCAGGUGCUGCAGGCGGCCCCGGCCGCGGGCGAGGUGUCGGCCGCUGGCCGGGCGGCCACGACGGCCACCACCCCGCCGGGGCUGCUCAUCACCGCGGACCUGGCCAAGCAUGUGGCCCUGUCCGUGUCCGAUGCCCAGGUGGGCAUGCUUCUGGCCAUGGUCGACCGGUUCCUCUUCGCGGUGCAGAAGCUGUCGGCUCUGCAGGGACCGGCCGCGGCCGGCCCGGAUGCCCCCCCGGCCGAAGGGGCUGCCACCGACUCGGACAGCGAGGCCCCGCUGUCGGAGGACGACCAGGCCAGCAUCCGCUCAGCCGGCUCCGAGGACCUGGAGGACUCGGCCAUGGCGGGCGGUGCCCAGCCAACCAAGCUGGAGCUCCAGCUUCGCGCGCCGCUCGGGCUGUCCUUGUCGAUUGUGGCUGACAAGCGCGGCCCCUCGUCUACCGAUGACGGUGCCAUGGUCGAAUGCGGCGCGCUGCGCCUGAAGGACCUCGCCGCGCAGGUGGCCCUCUUCGAGUCGGGCAACCUGGCCGUUGAGGCACAUCUGUCCUCGCUGCUCUUUGUGUCUGGCGAGGACGAGCUCUUCGCCGUGAGUCGGAUUUCCACCUCCCUGUCGCAGAAGUCCGCCGGCAUGGACACCCUCUGCUCGGUGGACAUCCAUGAGCCGACCUUCCGCCUGGUGCCGGAGCCGCUGCUCCGGUGCGCGGACACCCUGCUUGUCCCGGUGCAGGAUCACCAGUUCCUGCAGUCCAUCCGUGCGCAGUCCCAGCUUCUGGACCAGGCCGCGGCCGAGGGGGCCCUCUCGCGAUCGAGCUCCAGCUCGGCCAUCGUCCCGGCGGCCGGUGGCUCGGAGCCGGCGGCCGACCCCGCGGAGGCCGCCCCCGGUGCCGGGGUGGCGUCCUCAUCGGAGGACCCGCCGGCCGUGCCGCUCUUCACCCUGGAGCUGCAUAUCUCCGACACGCGGCUCUUUGUGCCGCUGCUGUCCGAGCAGUCGGGCAAGGUGGCGGCGGCGGCCGCGGCGGCGGCCAGCGCGCCGGCCCUCCUGUGCCUGGCCCUGCCGCGAACGAGCAUGUCCCUGGCCACCUCCGGGUCGGACAUGCGUUUGGACUUGGUUGUGACGUCGCUCAGCCUGUCGGGCGAGCGGAUCUCCCGGGACCUGUCCUCCCUGCCGCUGUUGGCGCCGAUGAGCUGCCGCGUGGGGCUCACCCUCAAGGAGACGUCCAUCGGUGUGGGGCUGACCCUGCAGCCGACCAACAUCUCCAUCAACCUGGCGGGUUUGAUUAUCCUCUCGAAUUACGGCGGCUACAUCGCCAGCACCCUGACCGGGUGCCAGUUCCUCAAUGCCGACGCUCGCCGCCCGAAGCCGGACACCAUUGUCGACGCGCAUGACAUCCUCCGGCCGACGGAGAUCGACCGGCACCUGGUUCUGGCCGAUGCGGCCCGGCAGCAGGAGCUCCUGUCGCACACGGCGGCCGAGUCCCAGGCCGUGGCGGCGGCGGCGGCGGCCGAUGCCCCGGGCCUCGCUGCCGUGGAUCCGGCAGCCCGGGCCCUGGUGGUUUCGCUGCACCUGCAGGGGCUGCACCUGACCGUGGUCAAUGACCUGGGCCUGACCAACACGCCGCUCUUCGACGUGUGCUUCCUGCCGCUGAGCGUGGACCUGACCGGGUCCCUGGGCGAGGUGACCUCCAUGGCGGUGUCCAUCUCGCCGUCCUUCUAUGUCAACUACUUCAACAAUCGCCGGUCCGCCUGGGAGCCGGUCAUCGAGAAGUGGUCCUGCUCGGCGUCGGUGUCCAUCGGGCAGGCCACCAGCAUCGAGCUGCUGGCCCCGCGGCGGCUGGAGUGCACGGUCACGCACGACCUGCUGCAGGAUCUCCUGCGUGCCGGGACCCUGUUCCAGGAGCUGUCCGGGCAGGUGUCCGCCGACAAUACGCUGCUGGUGGCGGCCCGGUCGGCCGGUGCCCGGUCCUCGGCCUUCGAGGUGAUCAACAGCACCGGGCUGGACUUGCACCUGGCCCUGGUGGACAUGGCGGAGGGUGCGCCGGCGGCGGUGUCCGCCACGCCCAGCCUGCUGGCCCUGCCUGGCGACGGGUCGCGCCUGUCGUCGGCGGCCUUCGGUGUGCGGCCAGCGGCCAUGGGUGCCACGGCGGCCGCGGCCGCGGCGGCCACCAGCGCCGUGGCGGCCUCGCGCCUGUCGGUCAGCCUGGCGGCCGGGGCCGAUGGGCUGCCGGCUUCCUCCUUCUCCAUGGCCACGGUCGGUUCGCGGUUGUUGGCCCUGCGCCAGGCGGUUGGCGAUUCCUCGGGCUCGGUGGCCGCUUCGCCGGUGGCCGAGUCGCCGUCGACCCCGACGCGCGGGUCCACUCGGGCCGCCCCGCUGGCCGGGCUGACGCAUCUGGCUUCCACCGUGGUGGCCGGUGUUGGUGGGCUCGCCGGCGGCACGGCCGGGUCCGGGUCUGGGGCCACCUUCCGCCGGGUGCCCAUGGUGGUGGACAUCAAUGUGGUGGAUGGCCUGAAGGUGGUGCAUUUCCGGUCGCCGCUGGUGUUGGAAAAUGCCACCAGCGUGCCGCUGGAGGUGGUCUUCCUGCCGGCCGGGGCCAAGGCCGAUGCCGGGUCGGCCGGGGGUCCGCCAGCCGGGCAUGUUGUCCAGCCGCAUGGCGGGACGCUGGCCCUGCCGGUGACCUGCUUCCCGCAUGGGGCCCUGGCGGUGCGGCCGGUGCCGCAUUCGGUGUCCCUCGGGUCCGGAUCGGCCAUCUCCGAUGUCUUCGACUUCUGCCAGGCGCUGGACCUGUCCGGGGUGCCGGGGCAAUUGCUGAGGGCGCCGUCCUGGUCCGGGGGCGUGCUCGAGUGCAACCCGGUCAAUGGGUCGCGCUCGGUGUUCCAUCUGGCUGCCUGCUUUGCUUCCUCCGGCGCCGGGCGCCGGGUGAACCUGCGGCUGUUUGCGCCGCUGGUGUUGGAGAAUGUCCUGCCGACGCCGGUGGCCUUCGGCCUGGAGACCGAGCGUCGGGCCUUCGACAGUGUCAAUGGCUUCUCUCGGACCCUGGACCCGUGCAGCCGGUGCGAGGUGUUCGAUGUGCCGGUGACCGGGCGGGUGUACAUGGGGCUGUCGCUGCCGCAGCUGGGGUCGCAUCGGCGCAGCCCGGCGGCCACCUUCUGCUCGCGUGAGGCCCUGCGCAUCCUGGACCCCUCCAUGGGGGCCGGCGCCGGCGAGGGGACCAUCGACCUGUUCACGGACAACUGCCCGGACCCGCUGGGGCUGCGGGUGGCCCACCGGCGGCUGGUGUCCGGCCCCGGGUCGCAUCCUCUGCCCCGGGCGCUGACCAUCUUCUCGCCGUAUCUCAUCGUCAACAAGACGGGCCUCGAUCUGCAAGUGCGCAAUGCCAACCGCAUGAGCGCCAGCACCAUCGGCGUCGGUGAUGCCACCCCUCUGGAGGACACGGCCCUCACGAUGCUGUCUACCUUCAACAGCGUCGACGGGUCGCAAUCCUGCCCGAUGACGCUCUACGUCACCAGCAGCAUGAAGUCCCUGACGUCGCUGCGGGUGCACGAGUCCCAGUGGUCCAGCCCCUUCAACACGGCGGCCGUCGGGUCCGAGGGCGAAGUCACCCUGCUCGGGGCUGGCAAGUCCACCAAGGCCUGGCAGCUGGCCAGCGAGAUCCGCCUGGCCGGGGCCGGGGCCGAGUCCACCCUCGACCAGCAGGUGGCCGCCUCACUGCGGUCGGUCAAGGUGAUCACCCUCAAGCCGCGUUACAUCCUGGUCAACCACACCAAUGUGUCGCUGGACUUCCGCCACUUCGAGGCGGGCACGGGCAAGUCGACCUUCCUGCGGAAGUCGACGACUGCCCCCUCGGCCGGCCGUUCGACCCAGGACGAGGGCAUCACCACCAUCCUCCCGGGCAAGUCGUCGGCCUUCCACUUCCAGCAGGGCCAGGACCUGAACCUGUCCCUGCGCCAGUCGAUCGAGCUGAUGGACGGAUUCCGGCGCUGGUCGGCCGGCUUCUCGGCCAACAAUGUCGGCGAGUCCUUCGUGCGGAUCUUCUCGCCGCAGGGGCAGGUGUCGGUUGUGCGGGUGGACGUGUCCCUCGAAGGGGCGGUUCUCUUUGUGCGGGUGUUCCCCUUCCGCAGUGAGGCCCCCUUCCGUUUGGUGAAUCUCUCCUCGUACCACAUGGCCCUGGUGCAGGGGGAGUGCGCCUCGGCCACCGGGGUGGCCGCCGAGCCGGACACCGGCUACCGCAUGGAGAGCUACCUGACCGACAGCAACCCCGUGGCCGGGCACUACUUCGCCGCGGCCUCGCAGGUGGUUCCCUUCCUGUGGGACACCCCGCUGUCGGAGAAGCGCCUGGUCAAGCUGUAUGCCGGCGACGCGGUGAAUGCCCUGCGCUCGACCAUGUACUCGCCGGAGUGCGCCAUCCCGCCGGCGUCGCUGCCGUUGGAUUUGCGUGUCAUCGGCCGGCGCAAGCCGGUUCCCAUCACGGUGACCAGUCGCGAGUCCGGGGCCCAGACGCGGCGCUAUGUCCUGGUCACCGUGGACAUCAAGUCCACGGCCACCGUGGUGACCAUCCGUGAUCAUGACGUCCGGCCGGCGCGGGCCAAGAUCAUGGCCCCGAUUGCGGCCCUCCGCCCGCGCGGGGUGCUCAUCAAGCGCCUGCACGGCUGGGCCGCCGGUACGACGCCCGAGGCCACGUCUCCGACGACCCCGGAUGCGGGCGAUCUCGCCCGGACCGGCUCGUCGGAUUCGCUGGCACAGCCCCCCUCGGCCGGCGGGGCCGACGGUUCGGACGAGGACACCGAGUUGGCCUCCCUCAGCUCUGCCUUCUCCUUCAACCUGGCCGUCAACCUCAAGGGCAUCGGCCUGAGCAUUGUCAAUGCCGUGCCGCGGGAGAUCAUGUACCUGACGGUGCAGGACCUGAAGCUGCAGUUCUCGGACUCCUCCCUGUCGCAGGCCAUCGACCUGACCGUUGGCCAGAUGCAAAUCGAUGACACCAGUCGCGGGUCCCUCUUCCCGGUGGUCUUCCACUCGACCAUCACCAAGCAGCGUGCCGGUGAUUCCGGGUCAUCGGCCGGGUCGGUGGCCGAGGCCGAGCCCGGGGCCGUCAUCACGGCCGGCGACGCGUCCUCCGCCAAGCCCCUGCUCUACCUGUCGACGCUGAUUGUCAAGCAACCCGAGGCGCAUGUCUUCGUGGCCAAGUCCCUGAGUGUCCUGCUGCAGGAGUGCGAGCUCAAUUGCAGCGAGGUGUUCCUGAUGCGCAUGUUGGACUUCGUUUUCAGUGUGCUUCCCUCGAGUGGGAGUUCCUCUGCUCGGCUGCAGGUGGGCGCGCCGGUGCCGGGCCCUCGCCCGGGCGGCGGCCCGCAGCCGGAGGAGGGGCACUUUGCGGUGCUGCCGACCGGGGCCGCGAUCCGGCCGCCGGCUCUGGAGGAGCCCGGCCUGGCCACCCUGCAUGGCGCCUUCGGUCCGGUGGAUCCGCGCCUGCCCCGGCCGCAGACGGUUCACCGGUCGGCCUCGACGCGGCUCUACUUCGGGGUGUUCGAGAUCCAGCCGAUCCAGAUCAACCUGACGCUCAUGCGGUCCCGGAAUCCGGACGGCUUGGCCGAGGGUGCGGCCGAGGGCGGGGCCGGUGGCUCGGCCGCCGGCGGCGGCGAGGGCGGCCCCGAUGGCGGCAUCGGCUCCACGGGUGCCGGCGCCGGGGAUGCCAUUGUCCCGGCGGCCGAUGAUGCUCCCCAGCGGUCGGUCAUGCAGGGCGCCCUGGUCUUCGGGUUCCUGAGCUCGGUGGUGGACCUGCUGUCCAUGUCCCUCGGGAGCAUUGACCGGGCGCCGAUCCGGCUGAAUUCGCUGGAGGUGUCGAACUUCGCGGCGGCCGACAGCCUCUUUGUGUCGCUGGUGACCCGGCACUAUGCCACGCAGGUGAUGCGCCAGUUGCUGAUGCUGGUCGGGUCGAUUGACAUGCUCGGCAACCCGGUGGGCCUCUUCAACAGCCUGUCCUCCGGUGUGCAGGACUUCUUCUAUGAGCCGGCCCAGGGCCUGACCCGCGGGUCGAAGGAGUUCCUGCUGGGCGCGGCGGCCGGCACUUCGUCCCUGCUCCGGUCCACCGGGUCCGGCGUGCUGGACAGCGCCACCAAGAUCACCAGCUCCCUGAGCAAGGGCGUGGCCGAGGUGACCUUCGACAGUCGCUUCCAGCAGGAUCGCGAGGUGACGCGCAUCGCCGCCCGCAGCCAGGGCACCGUCAAGUCCACGCGCACCGGGCUGACCACCUUCGCGCGUGGGCUCGGCAGCGCCCUGACCGGGGUGGUGACCAAGCCCCUGGAUGGGGCCAAGGAGGAGGGCCUCAAGGGCUUCCUCUCCGGCGUGGGCAAGGGCGUGGCCGGCGCCGUGACCAAGCCGGUGGUUGGCCUGCUGGAUGGCGCGGCCAUCAUCGCCAGUGGCAUCCGCAAUGAUGUCAGCGGCUCGGUCGUCGUGGCGGAGCAUGUUCGCAUCCCGCGCUACAUCGGCCCGGACCGCAUCCUCCGGCCGUACUACCCCCACCAUUCCUUCGGCAAUCACCUGCUGACCACCAUCGAUGAGGGCCAGUUCUUCACCUGGGACUACAUCAACCAUCUGGACAUCCGCCGCGAGUCGGCCAGCCUGUACUUCGCGCGCCAGGGCAUCCUGUAUGUGGACGCGCGCGGGCCCUCGGUCAAGUGGUUUGUCACCUUCGAUCGCCUGGUCGACUGGGUGCUGGUGGCCCCGCCGAAGCAGGGCGCCGGGGCGGCGGUCGCGGCGGCCUCGGCCCCUGCCAGCCCGGCGCCGAUGCUCGGCUCCCCGGCGCGGCGCGAUGCCGGGUCCUUCCUGCACCAGAGCGGCCUGAUGAUCUACUAUGUGCCCACCUCGCUGGCCAAUGUGGUUUCCAGCGUGGCCACCGGCAAGCGCUCGGCCGCGGUCACCCCGUCGGCCAGCUCGGUGCACAUCCACGCCGAGUCGGCCGCCCCCGCGGCCGCCUCCACGUCGGCCUCCGACGGCGGGCUGUUCCGGCGGUCGUCGCGGUCGUCGACCACCAGCCGGUCGGCCAUCCCGCCGCCGGCGUCCUCGUUGUCCGGUGUGCCGGAUGCCAGCCCGGCCGCGGCCACCUCGCCCCUGUCGGCCUACCCGUCCGGCACCAAGGAGCGCUUCGUGCCGCUCAGUGAUUCGGAGCCAGCGGAGGUCGAGAAGUACAUGCGUCUCUCGCAGCGCCUGUUCGAGGAGAGCUUCGGCGGCCCGUCCCUGGCCUAGGGGAAGGGCCGCACCUUUGAUGGUGCCGGUGUGUCACCGGCUCCCUGUUGAUGUUCAUCUUCCCUGCCUGCCGUCCUUCGCCUGCUGGGCGCGGAACGAAGGCCCGGGCCCGUGGGCACAUUCACCAAUAUACCUAUGUCAUUUGUAUGGGGCAUGUACCUGCUGGCA